GUGGCGGACCAUGGCGUCGUAGGCAAAAGGCUGUUUAUUCUUUUGCAUUCAGUCCUUGUUUGACCUUGAGCAGAGUAUAUUUCCUUGAAUGGCAAUUUCUAAUCUUAAGCUCGGCGCUUUUACUGUUCUUCUCCUGGCUGUGUGGGGAAUUUAUCUGUUUUUUUCAGUGGAGCAAGAAUCACCGAGAACCACAAGACCUCUUUUCAAGCGCUUUACCGGUAACUGUGGGCGAAUUCUAAAGGUAAUAGUAGAACAGAUUCUAGUGGGUUAUAAAUGAACAUUUUACUAUCCAAUUCAUUCGGCAAAAGCGAAGUUAAUGUAGUGGAAAUAAUUACCGAGACGAAGUGAAGGAGAUCGUUCAACCGACGUUGAGGAGAAUGUUUUUUUUUUCCUUAGUAUAUUUACUUCAGUAAUUAACGGGAACUGAAGAAAGGUAACAACACUUCAGUUAAAAAUGUUUUUUAAACAUAUUGUACGCUUCUAUUGGGUUAUAUGACAUAGUCAUGGACCAACCAAAUCGUUUGAAUCUCCACCGAGAAAUUAUACUAGUUCGAUUUUAAUAAAGUUCUGUUUUAAAAUGCUGAACAGCUGAACAGCUGGAUUUCGUAAAUAACCUGGUUCUUUCCUUUUCGCUUUUGAAGGACUCCAGACUAGGUGUAAAACAAGGUCUGGGUAUAAAGCUUGGGCUAGGUGUAAAAUGCGCAUUACGGAAUGCGUGUAAAAACAGCUCUAGGAAGAUAUAUUAAAAUUAGUGAAACAGAUGGAACUACGUGCACACAAACGCACACAAACGUUUCUUAAGCUCGUCACGUAAUCUUUUCUCCGCAACGUUCGUACUGAAAGUGGUACGAAGCCCUAAAACACAUAUAGGACAAAAAUUUGAAAGUUAGAAUUUUAUAAAAAAGGAAAACUUGGAGUUAGAAGAGAAUUCAAUUUACGAUAUUAUGAAUGGAAGUUGCGUAAGCACGAUCAAGUUUUUGCAACCGCAGACGUUUGACGGGUAACCUGAGAUCAGGCGUAAUUUUUUUUUUGGCUUCUUUGGCUCGUGAGAGACAUAAAGGGAUAAUAGGGAGAACGCAUGAUCUCAGGCUAUUUGAGAGGAGACAUAGGGUUUUUGUGCGUGAGAGAUAGAACAAAUAUUUGAGACGCGUUGGAAAACCACGAGGAGGAUAAAAACAAGGAUUUGUCGAGUACAAUUUGUGAGUACUUGAGAUUAGAGUGUAUGAAUCGACAUACAGAUAUUUGGACCGGGUCUAAAGUCCAGGCCUCAUAAUGAAUGAAUGCUUAUGGUUAGGCUUUUGUACAUUAUGCUAGCAUUUUUUCGAGCAUUUUAGUGAGGCAAAAGCAUUGAGCAUUAUUCGAGCAUUUUAGUGGCAUUUUCCCCGGAAAAUUAAUUUUUCCGAGAAAAUAAAAUGGAAAUUAACUUUUUUCAGGAGCCCAUGCCCCAUGAGCUCCUGCUUUUUUUAGACAAAAUGAAGACUAAAACUCAAAAUUCACAAAAACCCUAAUACAGCUGGGUUUUUUUGGCUGUAUUUAUGACCUUGUACACGUUGUCGUUGUUACUUGCAACACUUGCACGUUUUUGUAAGUGUAAACUUUGAAAUUAAUUUUAAAAACCGUUUGUAUAAUGAGCAUUAACCGAGCAUUUUAGUGGAAAAAUGGAGCAUUAAGGUGGAGCAUUUUAGUAGGGAAGCAAAAACAUAAUGUACAAAAGCCUACUUAUGGUAGCUGUUCGCUAUGGACGUAAUUAGACUGUAUUGUAGUUUUCUUUAUCAGGCUUUAUUCAGGGUCCACAUCAACUGGCCAUGUUUUGCAUUUGACAUCCACGUGCGGUACUUAAAUUUCACUUUCAGCUGUCUUUGGCAUUCAACUCACUUGACAGUUAACUCUUUGCAUUCGAUAAUGGAUAUUCAAGUUUGAAUUUUCAAUAUAUAAACGAGAAUGGCCUAUGCAAAUAUUUCUAAACAAAAGAAAACAAGAUUUGAGUAAACCUUCGGUUAACAGUCCAUCUUGUUCGGGCUGAAAAGGCAGAAUCGCAGGGGACUCAGUAGUUUGCGUGACGAAAGUAUGGUCAGUAAACAAUCGCUUGUCACGCAAGAUUUUAAUAACUACAGGCUAAGAGCUAGUAAAAUACAAUUGCGGGAAACGUUUUGUUGACCUAAGCUGUUGAUUAUUGUUGUGGUUGUUUUUGUAAACGUUUUUUUAUAUACAAGUGGUCUUUUGUUUCUUCUAAGUAUUUACAAAGACCGCUAUUUGAAAUUGUCCAACGACCUCAUUUUAGCCGGAUAUUACUGUCAGCAGGCAACAAUUCUGUCCAACAUAGGAGUGUGUGACGAACCAAAAGACGCCUGCGUAAGUUAAUAUUUGACCAUCAGUCACGGUCAUUCGACGUAAAAACGUGGUCGGUCUUUUUUCAUUGCGUCUUUUUUCAUCGUGUUCACUGAGGAGGAAAUCAUCAUUAACUCCUGAAAAUCGUGGAGAUUGGAGAAGUGUGACGCCACGUUUGCAUGGUACCAAAAUUUCGAAAAGAACGAAAAGAAAAAUAAAACAACGUCGGUGUACAGGCUACCUGAGUGCAAUCAUGCACACGACAGACAAACAUGUCAAUUUUUUAGUCUUUUCUGCCAUAUUCGCCGGAACACGGUUUAUUAAGAUCCAGAAAUUUUGCUGCCAUGGCAAAAUGAAGAAACUACUUCUUGUCUCUGUAAGCCAUUGUUCCACCCCAGUCCUUGAAUCGUCCGUUACAAAUUAAACCGAGUGGCUCUGGGGACGAGAAUGACCCCAGUCAGCCAAUGAGCCUCCAUUCGCGCAUGGUUAGUCGAGAUGAGCUAAAAUAAAAGCAACGGAAAAAAACAAAAGCGGCCCUGGGGCCCGUUUCUCGAAAGUCCCGAUAAUUAACGGGCCCGGUAAGCUGUCUCCGUUUACAUUAAAGAUCGAGGUUUCAAUAGUUUUGCAUCUAGCAUGAUAAAACUAUCAGUUAGUGAAACAGAAUGGAGUAGUCUGCUAGCCAGGACCGGCGCUCUUAUUCUUUAUAUUUCGAUUUGAAUAUUUGUUUUCGGGCCCGAAAAGUUACCGGGACUUUCGAGAAACGGGCCCCAGGACUGGGUCGUUCUCUGGCCGGUCCUCGCCCCUUUAGGGGCCUCCACAGACCAGACAUUUAGUUGUCGACAACUAUUUUUUCGACAACUAAAAGUUAUCGACAACUAAAAAAACAGCAGUGUGUGAGGCGGGUUGUCGACAACUAAGCAGUUUCCCUUUUCAAAAAGGGAAACUGCGAAGUUGUCGACAACAAAUAGCUGUCGAUGACUACGUUUUUGACCGUUUUUUCUAGUGUGUGGAGAUAUAUAAUUUACUUAUCGACAAUAUCAUAUUUGAUUUUAUCUUCGAUGACAGUGGUCAGUGGUCUUUCUUACAAACAAAAAUGGCCGAAGGCACUUGGCAAAACAAUUACAUGAAAGAGAAUAUUCUUUUUCGAAUACCAACACGGCAUUGAAAGCCAUAGGCGUACGGGAAGGUUUUUGCCAGGGGGGGCAGUAAACCAUUUGCCCAAAAAAAGUUUGCAAGUUGCUCAAAUUUUUACAAAACAGUCGAACAGAAACGAGGGCCGAUGCAACAACAUAGGCCGUACUGGCAUAUGAAAAUGGCUCGAUACAGUUUUUUAGGGUCAAUACCUGCCAAGUUUGAGCAUAAACUACUUGGCCAUAAACAAACGUUUGGAAAAAUUGCCACCACAGUUGUAUUAGAUAAAGAUGAAAAUUUGUUGUGAUCAGGGUUGCAAUGAUAUCGAAGUUGUCGUAGCAACGAAAUGAAGCCAUUAUCUAUUAUGCUUGCAGCAAUAUUUCUCCGCGGGAACUGUUCUUCCAAAAUCGAUCACAGGAGCUUUUUCCUCCAAAAGUCGCCUGGAUGUUCGUGAAGUUAAAAAAGAAUCUAUAAGAGCGUUAUCGAGAUAUUUUGGGAUAAAGUUUUCUUUUUUAAACGUAUUUUUUUUCGGGCUUCUUUGCAUAAAUUGCGUUCACUGCGACGAUCAUUUCUUCAUUUCCAAAGUUUUUAUCGUUGGAAAUACGGUUAAAAAAGGAAAAUCUUGAUGUUUGGCUGUUAUCUGUAGAAAACGAUGCGCUUUUGACACGCAAUUUCACCUCAUAGUAGUUUCAAUCUUUUUAAAAUCGUGGUUGAAAGAUCAUGGAGAUAGCUCCGGCCAAUUGCUACAAAGAAGGAUUUGAUUAGUGUGUAUCAUGGCGCUCUUGUUAGCGGUUUUGUAAACAUUUCAGUCUACUUUAACAAAUUAGUGAAUGAUUUUUAAACCGCUCGAUAGAUUUUUUUAAAAAAAGUGAUUCUUCUCGUAAUUUAAACUGAGAAUUAGUCAGCCACUUCUUCACUUUCAGACCCAUUGCGGAUGCUAUCUGCCAUACACUGUUCUACGAGAGGAGAUGAUUCUAGAAAGUUAGGCGGAAGUUUAUUCUAAUAAAUUCACGAGUGGAAAUAGCCCAUUGCAGUACAGUGCCCAACAAUAAAAAAAAUCAGCAUAUGAUACCUUUCCCUUAUAACCGUGCAGAAACUCGUCACGCUAGGCAGCCACUAUCUCGUGUCAAUGUAACUGGAUUAUUACGCCGACUUCAGGUUAAAAUAGCAAAUAUUCAUCUCUUCAAAAUAAUAAUAAAAACAUGCAGACGUCUUUAGUAACUGGCUUUGCCCAAAUUUUCUCGUGCUGCCCAAAAAAUCUGAGUUGCCCAAAAUUUGGGGGGGCUGCAGCCCCCCUCGCCCCCCCGGCCCGUACGCCUAUGUUGAAAGCUCCUCUUGAUAAUAAUCUUGCCUUUAUUGCCACAGCUUGUUGUGAACAGCAAGGUUUAACACAAGAGCUUAAAUUAACAAGUAUCGGUUCCCCUGGCUUUCCAUCCUCAAUUUGCCCCUCGUCAUUACGGGUAAUGUGUAGAGUAUCUUCCUUUCCCGAGUUUGAAAAUCGACUCUCUCGACUGCCAGUGCUUUCCUUGGACGCCUCCCUGUUGAAACGUACAUUACAAGUAUGCGCAAUGAAUCUUAGUUUCCAAGUUUCAUCCCUAGUCUGUGGAGGCCCUUAGAUUUUAUUUUUCAUAUCGGUCGUCCCAACCAGCCGACACGCAGGAACAACAGCCGAAGAGAACGAAGUUCGAGUACUACUUACAAACGUCAAUUCCAUUUGGCAAUUGUAACGUUUGUUUUAUUUUUAUUUUUUUAUACAGUUCAGCAGUAGUUAUUGCCAGCACCUCAUAAACGUCGAGGCAAAUGACAACCUUGUGAAAGGAAGAAAAGUAAAAGUCAGGGAAAUUGAAACUUACGAAAAACAUAACCAUAGACAAUGCAAGGAUAUUGAAAAAAACUAUUUUUGUCAUCCUCAACCUACGCAGGCUGAGCUGGACUUGAGAAUAGCUUAUGUAAUUGUGGCUUACAAAGGUGCUGGACUUAUAGAGAAUCUUCUAAGGGCAAUUUAUAUGCCUCACAAUGUCUACUGUUUACAUCUUGAUAAGAAGUCCACGGCGAACUUCAAACGUGCCGUUCAUUCCUUUACUGACUGUUUGCCAAACGUUUUCGUAACAAAGAAAUCGAUAGAUGUUGUUUGGGGACACGUGUCCGUUUUGCAAGCAGAGUUGAACUGCAUGGAAGAUCUUUUCCACAGCGAUGUACCGUGGAAGUAUUUAAUCACGUUGGUAGCACAAGAUUACCCCCUUUAUGACAACAAGGGCAUCGUUGAGGGGCUGAAAAAACUCAACGGACUGAACAACAUAGAGAGUUAUCCUAUGCCAAAGCAAUUUGCCUAUCGCGCGAACACAAUCUGGACUCUUACAGAAACAGGGAAAGGGAAAGAACACGAUGGUUACAGAAUGGAUUGUACUUGGAAACCAAAGGCCCCCCCUCCUCAUAACAUCACUAUAAUGAAAGGAUGGAACCAUAUUGCAGCAACAAGGAAAUUUGUGGAGUUUGUCUUGAACGAUAAAAUAGCCACCGACUUUUAUCAAUGGUUAUCCGAUAUUUAUAUCCCGGAUGAAGUGUUUUUCUCUUCUUUGCAGCGUCAUCCGGGAACCCCUGGCGGUUACCAUGACAACGACAAUCCUGAGUGGAUAAUGCGCGCGUUCGGGUGGGUUGCUAAUGGGGAUAAUCGACAGUGUUUCGGUAGCUGGAUUAGAGAAAAUUGCUGGCUUUCUACUCGUGAUCUUCGCUGGAUUUUGGCGGAGAAAAAUAGGAACAAGCUUUUUACUCAAAAGAUUCCAUAUGAAUACGAAGAAAAUUUAGUAGAGUGUUUAUCUGCAGCCGUUCAAGGGAGGGAAUACCCAUCUGACUCUACCCAGAACUCUGCUACAGCCGUUUCUUAG